AUGACUGGGACCCAGGGUGCCUCGUCGCCCCGUGCCGUCAUCAGAGACCACGCCGUGGCGAAGCACGGCAUGGACAAACACAUACCCAAGGGUGGUGUUGGGCCGCACAAUUGGGCUCGCUAUGUGACAAGUGGGAGCUCGAACAAGCCGCAAAAGUAG